AUGCUUCCACCCAGCCUUCGACAGCCUCAGAGGUUUCUCAAGAGCUUGCAAAAUCCAUCAUCACCAGUCCAACGGCAACAUCCACUUCUGGCCGUCCCAAGGCUGUCAUAUUCGAUCCAUCACUUGAACUGCAACCAUCUACCAGUCCAUCGAACGCCGGUUACUCCAGGCCAUCCACUCUCAGCUUGUCAACACUACUACUUCAGUUGCACCCCUACAGCCCUCCAGCAGCUAUCCACUCAUCGCACCUCGAAGCCCUUCCUACUGGCGGAUAUCGGCGAAGGUAUCACUGGAUGUGAAAUAGUCAAAUGGCUAGUUACACCAGGUCAAACAGUAGCAGAAUUUGAUCCAAUAGCUGAAGUUCAAUCAGAUAAAGCAACCGUAGAAAUCACAAGUCCAUAUGACGGCAUAGUCGAAAGCUUGGUGGGUCAAACGGGACAGGUCGUCAAGGUUGGAGAGCCGCUUUGUAUGAUCUUGGUUGAGUCUGAACUACCGACAUCCCCUCCGGAACACUUCGCAGAUCAAGAACAAGAUCAAUUUGAUAAGCUGGUCGAAACACAAGAGAAACAGAUCAAACAGGACGGCUCGCCAGCACUCGAUCUCCUAUCGCCCUCCGAUCAGAAUGCUCGAAAGACGCAGGUACACUCGACUCCCGCUGUCCGCAGAUUGUCUCGUGAGCAUGACUUGGAUAUUACCACGAUCAGAGGGACUGGAAAAGAAGGCCGGGUGACAAAGGAGGAUGUGAUGAACCAUUUGAGUGAAUCUGAUUUGAUUUCAAGCCAGCCGACAGCCAAAUCUCUGGGUAGUCAACCAAACCAAACCCCAAAGAAAGUUUCUCAAGCGCUCAAAGAACCCUUUGGAGCUGUAAGACAGGCUAUGUUCAGAGGAAUGUCCCAAUCAUUGCGAAUUCCACAUUUUGGAUACUACGAUCAAGUCGAUGUGACUGAACUAGAAAGACUUCGGCAAGGACUCCUGAAAAGUUAUCCCAACUCACGAAUCACACCACUCAGCAUAUUUAUCAAAAUACUAGGAAAGGCCAUGAUGCAAAACGAACUGUUUAGAUCAACACUAUCAAACGACGAUCCGCCUCAAUUCAUCAAGCGCCAAAGUUGCGAUAUCUCGAUAGCCGUCGACGCUCCCGCUGGUCUCUUGACCCCUCUCAUCCCUUCAGUCGAUUCGAAGUCCAUCGUCGAAAUCGCAGAUCAUAUCACCAGUCUUCGUAAAUUUAUCGACCAGUCGUCUCCGGACAAAAUCCCAAGAAUACCGGAUAAAUUGGGUGGCAACCGAUCGGGUACUUUGACGAUAAGCAACAUCGGAAUCAUCGGUGGUACAUAUACACAUCCAGUGAUUCCUCCCACAGGACAGCUGGCUAUCGGAGCGAUUGGCUCGAUAAAAGUGCGGCCGGAGUACGCCGCGAGCGACAAAGAGCUAGCCAAAGCAUAUGCCCUCGAUCCCGAUCUGGUGCCAACCCGAGAGUUAAGGAUUGAGCCGAGGUUGAUGGUCGAAGUAUCCUUUACCGCCGAUCACCGGGCCGUCGAAGGCGUUGAAUUGGCCCGUUUAGUCCAGACCUUCAAGACGUAUUGUCAAGCUCCCAACCUACUCCUCGCUGAACUCGUUUAA